UUGCAUAAGUUACGUUUGUAUCGUGUCUGUCGUCGUUCUCGAUCAUCGAUCAAUUAGGGUUCCAGUAAUCCAGAAGAAUACACAAUGAUUUCCGUUCUAUACACGCUUUUGUUCAUCGAAAUGACAACGAUUCUAUUACUUUUAUUCAAAACCCCACUUCGAGAGCUUUUAAUCGUCGGUUUAGAUCAGCUGAAACGAGGGAGAGCUCCAUUGAUUGUAAAAUCCGUUGGCGCUACUGUAUUCACCAUCAUGAUCUACGAAAUCUACAACAUUUCCGAUACACGAAGCCGCCCCAUGGAUACCGUCGGUCCCACCGAUCAAAUCAUCCUUGCUUACCAAAUGCUUGAAGCGUCUCUCAUCGGUGUCUCGAUUUUUCUAUUACUGAUAAUAGACAGAAUACAUUAUUACAUUAGAGAAUUACGCACACUUAGAAAUACUUUAGAAGCUGGAAAGAAACAAGAUGGGAGUAAGAAUAAUGGUGCAGCCGAGGUUAAAGCUCUGAAUGAAGAAAUACAUAAGCUGAAGACAAAGAUUACAAAGUUGGAAUCCGAAUCUGGUAAAAAGGGGAAUGAGAUCAAAUCUACAUAAUCUUAUUCUGGUGUUCCUCGGAAUCAGUCAGAAGGUUCUAGUGGGAAGAAGGAUAUUUGAGUUCAUAAAAUGUUGAUGCUAAGGGGGGAAAUAAGUGGGGAAGUAUUUCAAUUUAUGGAAGAUAAGAAAAUGUAGUCGAGAAUUGAGAUCAAUGGAGUUUUUUAUA